AUGACGGAUGCUAAAUUGAAGUACAACUGUCGGAGAUUUGAGGGCAAGGUUGCGUUGUUGACGGCGUCGACGGAAGGGUGAGCUAUGUUGCUUUAUUUUCUCUGGCCUAGAUGACACUUUGCGGGUAGGAUGCAUGCGAUUUGACGUAAAAGCAAUGUUUUCAAAGACGUAUAAAUUGAGUCCUUCAACAGAAAAAGAAAUUGUAAAUUGUAUAGGAAUUGUAACGGAGAGCAAUGAUUCUGGACCGUGGGCAAAAAUCGGGGAUGCUCGAAAACCAUGUCUAUGAUAGUUACAAGAUUCUAGCCGUUACAGUUCUUGCAUGUAAGAACGAAGAAAUAAGGCCGAUUUUGAGAUUUUGAAAAAUACGCUAAAUUUGCUUUUCGAGCUUUUUUCUCAUGUCAGCCUCAUUUUUUCCAUUCUAUUUUUUUAAGAAAAAGUGAGGAAAGCGUUUUUAACGUUUUGCUUCGAAUGACCGGUGCACCGCGGCACAGCAUUCCGAACUUUUUUCGUCGCCGAUCGGUGUCCAAAAAAAUAAAAAAUUAAAAAGUGCACAUUACAUUUUCAUGUGUGUAAGGGUAGCCAGAAGAGAUACCGGCAAAAACAAAAACUCUUUAUGUAGAGUAAUCAAUUUCCUUUCAGAGUAUGUAAGUUUUGUCUUCAGGUUGUCCGCUACCUUUGAGAAAAUCGUCACUAAAAAAAUGGAAAUUUCGAUUUUGAAUGCCAAAAAAAUGUACUUUCUUGGGGCCACCAAAAAAGAUGUUGGAGUCUAUCGUAAAGAGAAUUUCAAGGGCUACAACAUAUUAAACUUUCAAGAUUUUUAUGGGGGUUUGAGUCAAGUUAGAGUGAAAAAACCCCUGAUUUUGCACUUUUUCUUGUUUUGUUUGCACUUUUAGUGCAAAAAUAAAAAACCAUCCGUGGGCGAUGGAAUCUGUGUGUCAUGUCGGAUAUGCAUGCCAAAUUUGAAGCUUCGCCGACGCUCCGGAGUCGCUGAAUAUCCGUUUAAAUCCGAAACCUUAGAGUACUAUUUCUAUUGUUUGAAGUCGCUUUAUCUGCUCCAAGAUCCCUUUUGAUCAAAAAUAUAUUGUCUGUAUACAGUGUAUAACAACUGCAUAACGACUUAAUUGCAAAAGUCUAACUCAGCUUGGCGGUUAAUUUAAUUGGUUGUUGCAACAAAAAAUUGGCUCUGUGAAGGAUUAUCUGCCAAAUUAAAUUUUCGAAAUGAAAAAAAAUAUAUCGUGAGUAAAUAAUAAGAAGUUGUUAUACACUGUAUACAGACAAUAUAUUUUUGAUCAAAAGGGAUCUUGGAGCAGAUAAAGCGACUUCAAACAAUAGAAAUAGUACUCUAAGGUUUCGUAUUUAAACGGAUAUUCAGCGACUCCGGAGCGUCGGCGAAGCUUCAAAUUUGGCAUGCAUAUCCGACAUGACACACAGAUUCCAUCGCCCACGGAUGGUUUUUUAUUUUUGCACUAAAAGUGCAAACAAAACAAGAAAAAGUGCAAAAUUAGGGGUUUUUUCACUCUAACUUGACUCAAACCCCCACAAAAAUCUUGAAAGUUUAAUAUGUUGUAGCCCUUGAAAUUCUCUUUACGAUAGACUCCAACAUCUUUUUUGGUGGCCCCAAGAAAGUACAUUUUUUUGGCAUUCAAAAUCGAAAUUUCCAUUUUUUAGUGACGAUUUUCUCAAAGGUAGCGGACAACCUGAAGACAAAACUUACAUACUCUGAAAGGAAAUUGAUUACUCUACAUAAAGAGUUUUUGUUUUUGCCGGUAUCUCUUCUGGCUACCCUUACACACAUGAAAAUGUAAUGUGCACUUUUUAAUUUUUCAUUUUUUUGGACACCGAUCGGCGACGAAAAAAGUUCGGAAUGCUGUGCGCCGUGCGAUCUUAUUUCUUCACUCUUAUGUCCGCUCGCCUGUAAAAAUGUCUCUGGGUCCUCUGGACAGUCAGGUUGUCAAUAAGUAAGGAAAGGUGAGGCUUCCACCACAAGCCCUUUACAUGUAGCUAUGUAUACGAAUUAUUAUAGCCAGAGGCGUAGCUUUAGGGUGGGGAGGAGAAGAAGGGGAGUAGAAGAAAAAAAUGGUAUGGGAGGGGGCCAAGGUAACCUAUUAUUUGGGUCACUAGGAUUUUUUACAUAGUGACCUUUCCUAUUCAAUCUCACAGGACAUUUGGCUAUGCCCUUGAUUCUUGCCCAUCGAAACCUUUAUAGUACAUACAUGUCGCCGCUGUAUAAAACUCCCAUUUUGAUCAUCAUCAUUCAAUUCCAGGAUUGGCCUAGCCACUGCCGACCGUCUCGCUCACGAAGGAGCCAAAGUUGUGAUCAGUUCUCGCAACGAAGAGAACGUAAAACGAGCCAUUCAGGAUCUCAUUGACAGUGGAAUUAACCCUGCCAACGUUGCCGGCACAGUGUGCCACGUUGGCAACCCACAGCAUCGGCGGCAUCUCCUGGACUUUGCUAUAAAGAAGUUCGGAAAAGUUGACGUGCUUUUUAACAAUGCCGGAAUUAACCCUGCUGUUGGUGGUAUUCUGGAUGUGACAACUUCGCAAUUUGACAAAAUAUACGAUGUAAAUGUCAAAGCUACGUUCCUGAUGAGCAAAAUUGUGGCUGAGCAUAUGAAACAGAAUGGGUAAGAAGGGAUUUGUUAUUACAUCUAAUUUUAUGUAGAGGUAUCGUUGAUGCUUUUGUAAGCAUUUUUGUUUUCAGAGGUGGAGUCAUAAUUUUCAAUGCAACAUUUGGAGCUUAUCAGCCACUAAAAGGAGUUAGAGCCUAUGGACUACUGAAGACCGCAUUGAUUUCAAUCACGCAAGCAUUGGCACAUGAGCUUGGCCCAUUCAACAUCAGAGUCAACACAGUCGGGCCGGGGUUAAUUGAGACAAGAAUGGGGAGAGUAGUGAGUUUAGUUUAUAUUUACAAUAUAUAUAGAACAGAUCCAGUCAUCACAAAGGUCGCAUAUAUGGGCAAGUUUGUCAUGUUUCUAGUCAUGAAGGGGUUAGCAUAGUAAAAAUAUAAAUUGCAGGGAGAGAAGGACCAUUUCUUAUACUUGUACUGCUCUAAAACGCCUCCCACUUUUAAACAGAAUACAUUACUUUUUGCUUUAGCUUUUUUCUUUGCCUCAUAUCCCAAUGUUAAACUCCGUUAUGCCGUAUUUUACCAAAUUUUUUUCAGAUGUUUGACCCCACCAACCCUAGGAAUAAGCUCGUGAAAAUUGAAGAACCAAUUUGGUGCCUCAAACGUCUUGGACAGCCAGAAGAAAUUGCGGCAGUUGUGGCCUACUUGGCAUCGAAUGAUGCCAGCUUUGUCACUGGCGAAUCGCAUCUGGCCACCGGUGGAGCUGAAUGUCGACUGUAA